UCGACAGUUAAGCAGUUAAGUUCAUAAAGCCUUUGGAGUAACAAUAUAAAUUCAAAUUUUUAUAAUAAUUUUAUCAUUUAUUUAUCAUUAUUUUUUUAUUGUUUAAUUUUUUUUUUAAAUUAGUGAUUAUAUAAAUAAUUGGAUCAAUUAAAAAUUAUUAAAUAAUUUAUAUAUGCAAAUUGUUUUGUCAAUUUUGUCUUUCAAUAGACACAAUUAGAAAAAAAAAGAGGGGCAAAAAGAAAAAAAGAUAAUUUUACCUGACGACUGACGCGACACACAGAGUACUUUGAGGGUGGGGAGGACAUAACACUUUAAAGUGAUUCUAAAACUUGAAAGAGCACCCUCAAGUCAUUCACCCGUCGGCCAACAUCGUAUCAACACACUUGGCAUAGUUUUUCAAUUUUUUUUUUUUUUGUUUUUUUUUUUUUUUUUUCAUUUACUUAUUUUCUAAUUUGGAUUUAUUUAUUUUUCAUAUUUGUUUGGAUAUUGUUUAAUGAUUUUAUUCGUAUUACUGACGGUGAAGUGAGUGGACAUUAUAUACAAUUAUUAUAUAUUUUUGUAUUAUCCUGUUUUUGUUGUUGUUAUUUAUUUAUUAAAAUUUUCUUUCAUUUAAUUGUGCUAGUGCGUUUAUGGAAUACAAUAAAAUACUGUAAAUAUUAUUUUUGUUUUUGUGAAAUUGAUGUGAUUAAUAUGAUUUAUAUUUGACUUGUUAAAUAUAAUCAAAAAUUCUGCUCUAUAUUUAUUUUUGGAGUGAUUAAUAUUCAAACUACAAAUCAAACUAAACAAGAUGAAUCAACAGUGCAAGGUUUGUGGAGAACCAGCUGCUGGAUUCCAUUUUGGUGCUUUUACUUGUGAGGGUUGCAAGUCAUUUUUUGGUCGUUCAUACAACAACGUAACAAGUAUUUCUGAGUGUAAAAAUGGAGGUGAAUGUGUGAUAAAUAAAAAAAAUCGUACAGCAUGUAAAGCAUGUCGUCUUAAAAAAUGUCUAGUUGUUGGAAUGUCUAAAUCAGGAUCAAGAUAUGGUAGACGUUCAAAUUGGUUUAAAAUACAUUGUCUACUUCAAGAACAACAGCAACAACAACAGCAACAUCAUCAACAACAACAUCAUCAUCAUCAUCAACAGCAACAGCACCAACAACAGCAGCACCAACAACAACAGCAUCAACAUCAACAGCAACAACAACAACAACAACAAACAAUAUCAUCACAUCAUCUUAAAACACAUGGUAAUAAUACGUCAAAUUCACCAAUGAGAAUUCAUAGAAAUUCAAGAAAUAAAGAUGAAUCAAUGAUACUUGGUAUUGAUGAUUAUAAAAAUUCAACACCACCAUCAAUAAGCUCACCAGAAUCACAUAAUAGUGAUAGUUCUGUUGAAAUAUCAGAAAGACGUGGUAUAUAUGGACUUCAUCCUGGCUAUCGACCAAUUCAUUCGGAACUUGGUGGUAUACCACUUGGUUUUCUCAGUGGUAUGUCAUUAUUACCACCAUCAUUUAUGCCACCACCAAGUUUAUCAAUGUUUCCACCGUAUCAUCUUUAUGCACAACAACAAAAUCAUUCAAAUAUCAUUCCUUGUCCACCAUCAAUGUUAUCAACAUCACCAAUUGGCAGUAGCAAUACAACAACAACUAAAAAAUUAUCAUUCAAUGAAUUUACAUUAAAUAACAAUAAUAAUAAUAAUAAUAACAAUAAUAAAUAUAGAAAAAAUCGUAAUGACUUGAUGGAUGUCAUUGAUGGCGAUGAUGAUGAUGAUAAUGGUGAGAAUGAUGAUGACGAUGAUGAUGAUGCAGUGACAAAUGAUAAAAGAUAUUAUCUUGAUACAGUUUUAAAACGCCAAAGAACAUCAGAAAGUCAUUCACCUAUAUCAAGAAAUUCAAAUUCAAUUUCACCAAUAUCAUUGUUAGAUAAUGAUUGUACACCACCACAAGAUAAUCCAAUUGAUCUUUCAAUGAAACAAAAUAAUCAAUUGACAAUUGGUAGUGAUGAUUCUGAUGUUGAUAUUGAUGUUAAUGAUAGUGACAGAGACAGUCCAAUACUUAAAAGACGACCAAUUGAUUUAACAAUAAGAUUAUAAAUUAUAAUUUGUUUUGAUGAUGCAAAUAUAUUUCCGCAUUAAUGUAACACACAAGGAUGCACAAGUCAGAGUAAUCAAUUUAUCUGCAAUUUUCUUGUUAUUUUUUUUUUUUUUUGUUUAAUUAAUCAUGAUCAGUCGAAUGAAGAUUAUCAUGUUGAUAAACACGUUUUUGCAAAAUGAUGACGUUUUAACACACACACGUGUUUAAUUCGUGUUCAAGAAGCCAGUUAACACAUGUCCAGAAAUUUCACAAGGCACAUUUUAUCUUGACCAGAUUCAAUUCCUGCCAAUGUAUAUAUUCUGUAUACCUUAAUCGAUACACACACUGUCUUAUUGGUUUUGUCCAGUUUCAGUUAAUUUAUUCAUUCAUUCAUUUUUGUUUUUUUUUUUUUUUUUUGUUAUUACUCAAGAAAGAAUUAGAUGAACUUUUUAUUUAAAAACAUUUAUCAAAAACAGAUUAAAUGCAUUAACAUGAACACUGUAAGAUUAUGAGUAUUGAUAUCCAUUGCUAGUAGGUGGUCAACGGUCAUUUUCCUGUUACGAAUAUGAACUGGACAAUAUAUUUUCAACCUGCGUUAUCGCUUUACACAAAAUCAUCUUGCCUUACACAGGUUGGCUUUUAGUCACUCGUGUGCUUGUUCUUGACUUUUUUUUUUUCCUUUUUUUUUUUACACAAAACGGAUGGGCAGGGCACGAGAUUAAAACAAGCAAAAUUACUUGUCAAUGAGAUGCUUAAAAACAUUAAACAUACAAAUAGUAUACUAUCAAUAAAACUACAUACGCUUUUUUUUUUUUUUUUUUUUUUUUUCAUUUAGUUUUAUAAUAUUUUUUUUUUGUUUAUAUAAAUAUAUAUAUAUAUUUUCUAAUUAUUUUGUAAACUUGAAUAUUUUUUUUUUCUUUUUGUAAAUAAUUAAAUAAUUAAAAUUAUAUUAGAAUUUAUAAAUUUCGAGUGCAAUGUAUAAUUGAUAUUAUGUUAAAUGUAGUAAUGAAAAAAAAAAAAAAAAAAAAGUCGUUGAAUUAUAUUAAUAAUAAUAGCGUAUAAUAAUUGAAUAAAUAAUGUUUUAAAUAUUUUUUCUUUUUUGUAAAUACAAUAAUAGAUAAUUGUAAAGAAAAAAAAAAAAUAAAUAAUAAAAAUUUAAGAAAAUAAAAAAAUAAAGAAUAAUGUGGGACCAAGGCCAGUAACUUUUUACACAUUUGUAAAUAAGAAUAAUAACUAUAAAAUAUUAUUUAAUAAAUAAUUUUGAUUAUAAAAUA